AUGAAUUACUGUCAGUUUGUGGAACCGGUGGGUACCACCUUACUUAAGGAGAGAUUAAAUGAUGAUGAUGACAACACUAACCAGGAAGCUUUCUGGCUGCAAAAUGAAGGGUUGGCCUUGGUGAGCUCUGAAGUCCCAAAGUCCUUCUCCCAGCGUCAGCAGCACUGGGCCUCAGCUUCUGUGGAACAUUUAGUACCUAACAGAGCCUCGCUUGCAUUAAUGAUGCAAGGCCUUGAUGGGACCCCCGAGGAGCUCCUGCAGGUCAGGGCUUGGCCAGCCCUCUGGGUGGUUUCCUCACCCACACGACUGGAUGCCUGUUGUAAGAGCCCCAUCACUGACAGGCUGAUUCCUUCUCAUUUCCUAGGCAUCAACAGUAAACAGCUUGGUGUGUGUGGCUGGAUCCUGUUUUUCCUUUCUUUGCUGCUGAUGAUCAUUACCUUCCCUGUCUCCAUAUGGAUGUGCUUGAAGAUCAUUAAGGAGUAUGAACGUGCUGUUGUAUUCCGACUGGGACGCAUCCAAGCUGACAAAGCCAAAGGGCCAGGUUUGAUUCUGGUCCUACCCUGCAUAGAUGUGUUUGUCAAAGUUGACCUCCGAACUGUUACUUGCAACAUUCCUCCACAAGAGAUCCUCACCAGAGACUCUGUGACUACUCAAGUGGAUGGAGUCGUCUACUACAGAAUCUAUAGUGCUGUCUCGGCCGUGGCUAAUGUCAACGAUGUCCACCAAGCCACGUUUCUGCUGGCUCAGACCACUCUGAGAAACGUCUUGGGGACGCAGACCUUGUCCCAAAUCUUAGCUGGCAGAGAAGAGAUCGCCCAUAGCAUUCAGACCAUACUUGAUGAUGCCACCGAGCUGUGGGGGAUCCGGGUGGCCCGAGUGGAAAUCAAAGAUGUCCGGAUUCCUGUACAGCUGCAGAGGUCCAUGGCGGCCGAGGCCGAGGCCACCCGGGAAGCCAGGGCCAGGGUCCUUGCAGCAGAAGGAGAAAUGAAUGCUUCCAAAUCUCUGAAGUCAGCCUCCAUGGUGCUGGCCGAGUCCCCCAUAGCCCUCCAGCUGCGUUACCUGCAAACCUUAACCACCGUAGCCACUGAGAAGAACUCCACCAUCGUGUUUCCUCUGCCCAUGAAUAUACUAGAGGGCAUCGGCGGUGUCAGCUAUGAGAGUCCCCAGAAAGCUCCCCCCAGAGCCUGAGGCCUCCUGAGGUAGCCAGGCAUCACUUAGGGAGUCUUUGCUGUGCAGCACCCAGCAGUUGGAAGUGUUGAGGGUUUCAGCACUAUUCAAGCAGAGUAACUCCGCAGCGGGAAUAGCAUUAGCAGGGAAAUGCUAUAGAGGCUGAUAAAAAAGUAAAGCAAAGAUGAGAGCUGUGUAUUACUUUUGUUUUUAAGAACACUGACAACUUUGCAUUAUUCUUAUGAUAGUUAGUAAUUGUCCCUGACUUAUAGCGGGAACUUUCUUGCUGUAGGGGGAGGAAAUCUUUGGGUGACUGUGACUAAGAUUUCAGAAUUACUUUUUAACAGUUUUGAGAAGCUCUGUAGACGAUUUGUAAAGUAACAUAAGUCUCAUAUUUAUGCUAAAUAUUUGCUUUAUAAUUCCAAACUAAUUAUUUGCUAAAUCUCCAAUAAUUACAAGAAAACCCCACAAUGCUUAAAAUCAUGAUUGAUUUUGAUGUUGAAGGCUAAAGAGGUGCUGAGGCUUCCAGGUGCAGACUUAGCACCAACCCCGGGGGCCGGUUGCACUUGCACUCCUGCUGUGCUGCGCCUGCCAGGCUGCGCCUGCUGGGCGUGGUGGCCAGUUCUCAGCCUCCCGCCCCUCAGUCAGGGGGUGGGACCAGACACGGGGAGGCGGCCAGCCUCAGUCAGCUUACCUGCUUACAAGGGAGAAGGCUUGUUAAAGGUUGAAAUCAGUGGGGAACCUCAUUCUGUGGCUUGCUUGUUUUCACUCUACUUUUAGUCCCAAGAGCCAUAAGUAAUCAAGAAUUGUUUGUAAACUCUGUUCUCCCACUCCAAGAAAAACCCUGUUAAAAAUAAAGAAGCUGUAGAAUGUG